UCUUUAUAAUCUAUGCUUACGCGCAUCUGCUCUUACGAUAAUUGACUACGUUUCCAUCGAGGGUCCAAAUCGGGUCAGAGUCGGGUUAGAGUCGGGUUGGGGUGAGCGCUUUUACGGUGGAAACACCAAAGGUUUAGUUGAACUCUACCCUACAAAAUUUUAGGGUAGCGUUCAAUUGAGGUUCAGUGGAAACGACAAAAAUCCAAAUUGCAUUCUGUAUCACGUGUUGUAUUAAUUGGUGUAGACAAGGUUAUUAUUACUUUUUAUCGGUGAUUUCGUACUCUGAGAAAUAAUUUUUGUAUGUUAUUUUGAUAUUGUAAAAUGAAUAUUGCUCUCCUUUACAUGUCAGAAUAUGGUAGUUGACUUUGUGCAGUUGGUAAUGUUCAACGCUGCCGCAACUCCAACGUAACUUUGAUCUGAUGGAAACAGGCAAAGCAACUGAACUCUAACCCGAUUUGAACCCUCGGUUGAAACUUAGCCAUUAUUCCCAGUCCUCGCUAUUUGUUUAUUUGGCUCCGCCGUAUAUACGUUUGCAAAAACAGAAACAGACUAAAGAAUAGUAUCAAUCUUACGGUUCGGAAUUUUCCUAGACUUUUGGGCAAAUCAUUCGUCUAGUUACAAUUCAUUUUCAAUAGAUCCAGUAUGUACUUACACAAUUGUUACCCUAGAUAACUAGAAUAUGAAUUGCGAAAUGCGAGGCAACCCGAAAGAGAGAAAGAGUAUUUGGGAAACCGAUCUUAGUCGUACAGAAUGCUAUGGAUGAUGAUGAUCAUAAUUGAUCGUUCAAAUUUUGGGAGAUCAUAACUUGCUACUGUAAAUUCUCAUAUGUUAUUAAAAUGUUUACCAUAUAUUUUAAUGGCUAAAUGUCAAAUAAUAGUUGUUAAGGAAUGUUUAUACUAUUACUACUUAUUGCAACAGAAAGUCACAUUGCAUCUCUUUUGCAUGUAGAAUUGUUUAUUUCAUCAGCACAUAAUAUAAAGUAUUAAUUGCCUACUUUACAUAUAUCUUGGACAUUGAAGUGCUACAUAUAAAAACAAUGUUAAGAAUGUUAAGUGUACCUCAAAGUUAUUUAUAUCAAUUUGGAUUACAAAAGUACUUAAGAUAUUACAACUUUUGUUCAAAAAGAAGUAUUACAUCUAGUAUCAUAAAGUCUGAAGCAAAUGUAGUACAACAUGAAAUUAAUAAAUUUGAAGAAGGACAAGUUAUUCAUGGUUUUAUAGUGGAUAAGAUUGCAGUAGUAGAUGAAGUACAUCUAGGUGCAAUACAGUUGACUCAUUUGAGCACUGGAGCACAGUAUUUACAUUUAGCAAGAGAUGACAGCAACAAUGUAUUUUCAGUUGCAUUUCGUACACCUCCACAAGAUUCCACUGGUGUACCUCAUAUUUUGGAACAUAUUACCCUUUGUGGUAGUAAAAGGUAUCCAUGUAGAGAUCCAUUCUUUAAAAUGCUAAGAAGAUCAUUAGCCACCUUUAUGAAUGCUAUGACAGGACCUGAUUAUACUAUGUAUCCAUUUUCUACACAAAAUUUAAAAGAUUAUAGGAAUCUACAAUCAGUGUAUUUGGAUUCUGUAUUUAAACCACUUUUGAAAGAACUUGAUUUUAAACAAGAAGGUUGGAGAUUAGAACAUGAAGACGUUUAUGAUAAAAAUUCACCUAUCAUUUUUAAAGGAGUAGUUUUCAAUGAAAUGAAAGGUGUUUUUAAUGAAAAUCAGACAAUAUUAGCUGAACAAUUACUAAAUACAAUUUUACCUAGUCAUACCUAUUCUGUAAUUUCUGGUGGAGAUCCUCUUGUCAUUCCUACUUUAAAAUAUACUGAUUUGCUUCAUUUUCAUGAAACUUAUUAUCAUCCUUCUAAUUCUCGAUUUUAUUCAUAUGGUAAUUUUCCUUUAGAAGAUCAUUUAAAAUUUGUUAAUGAUCAAUACUUGUUCUUAAUGGAUAAAAUUGAUACUUCUAUAUCGAAGGUACCUUCAGAAAAACGUUGGAAUACGCCAAGAAAGAAGCAUAUUUUGUGUAAACCAGAUCCGAUGAUUGCAGAUCCUAAUCGACCAGGCAGUAUAGCUAUUGGUUAUUUGUGUAAUGACAUAACUGACAUACAAGAAAAUUUUGAAAUGCAUAUUUUAUCUCAACUUCUUUUAAGAGGCCCAAAUUCCCCAUUUUAUAAAUCUUUAGUAGAAUCAAAUAUAGGAAUCGCAUUUGGUCCAAUGACAGGUUUUGAACCUCAAUGUAAAGAUACUAUGUUUAUUGUAAGCUUACUUGGUGUCAAUGCAAAUGAUUUUGAGAAGGUGGAAAACGUAUUUAAUGAAACUGUAUACAAAGUGAUUGAACAGGACUUUAGUAAGGAUCGUGUUGAAGCUGUUUUACAUAGUAUUGAACUUCAAACCAAGCAUCAAACUUCUAAUUUUGGAUUACAAUUACUUUUCAAUUUAACACCAUUGUGGAAUCAUAAUGGAGAUCUUAUAAAGUCAAUGAGAAUUAAUGAAGCAAUUAGAAAAUUUAGAGAAAAAAUGAAUAAUAAUCCCAAAUACCUCCAAGAUUUAGUGAAAACAUAUUUCGUAGAUAAUACUCAUAAAUUAACAAUAACCAUGUUGCCAUAUGAACAAUAUGAUCAUAAUAAAGCAGUUGCAGAACGUAAAUUAUUAGAAUCAAAAUUAAAAGAACUUUCUAAGGAAGAGUUAGAUCAAAUUUAUAUUGAUGGAAAAAUUCUACUUGAAGAACAACAAAAACAAGUAGAUGUAAAUGUUCUUCCUACUUUGAAAAUAGAAGAUAUAAAAGAAGAUGUAGAGCGUUACAAAUUAACAGAUCUAAAGGUAGUUGAUGUUCCUUUACAAGUAGCAACUGAGCCAACUAAUGGAGUUUGUUAUUAUCGUGGAAUACUUAAUACACAAGACUUAGCACCUGAAUUAAAAAGUUUAUUACCACUUUUCAACAACAUAAUUUCAAAAAUGGGUACAAACAAUUAUGAUUACAGAAAUUUUGAUCAGUUAAUACAAUUAAAAACUGGAGGCUUAAACUUUAUGAAUCAUAUUGUUGAACAUAAAAAUAAUUUAUUGCAAUAUGAAGAAGGAAUAUUAAUAGAAUCUUAUUGUUUAGAUCAAAAUGUAAAUGAUAUGUGGAAAUUAUGGUUAGAAUUGUUUAAUAAUGUUAAACUCUCUGAAAUAGAGAGAUUUAAGACACUUGUUAAAAUAAAUGCUGCAGAUUUGAUUAAUGGAAUUGCAGAUUUAGGGCAUACAUAUGCAAUGAGUAGUGCAGCCAGUUUGGUGUCACCAGUUAUGAAAUUCAAAGAAAAUUUAUCAGGAAUGGAGUAUGUCUUAAAAAUGAAAAAAAUUGCACAGACACAAGACUUUGGUCUUGUAUUAAAUCAAAUGCAAGAGAUAUCUAAUUAUGUCUUAAAUAAACAACACUUAAGGUCAGCGAUAAAUUUAUGUGCAAAUAAUAAAGACAAGAUAAUAGAAAGUAUCGUUGAAUUUUAUAGUUCACUGAAGGGUAUACCUAAGAAUACAUAUUCUUCCACAUAUAAUGAACACAUUGAAACAGGAGAUAAUGCUGUUCAUUACGUAUUACCAUACACUGUAAAUUAUACAGCUAAAGCAGUUUUUACUGUACCAUAUGCAGAUCCAGAUUUUGCACCUCUACAAAUACUUGCUAAAUUAAUUACAUCUGUUUAUUUGCAUCCAGAAAUUAGAGAAAAGGGUGGAGCUUAUGGUGGUGGUGCUACAGUAUCAUCAGAUGGAAUAUUUAGAUUUUAUUCUUAUAGAGAUCCUAAUUCUACUCGAACCUUAGAUCUGUUUGAUAAAAUAUACGACUUUUUACUAAAACAUUCACUACGUCAAAGUGAUAUUGACGAAGCAAAAUUAGGAGUAUUCCAAAGUUUAGAUUCCCCAAUUUCUCCAUGUAAUCGUGGAAUGAUUAAAUUUAAAUAUAAUAUUACAGAUGAUGAUAUUCAAAAACAAAGGCAGCAAUUAAAAGCUGUAACUAAAGAUCAACUUAUGUAUGUAGCUGAAAAAUAUUUACAGCCCAAUCAACAAAAUAUUAGAGUAGGACGUGCAUUAAUUGGGCCUGUUAAUAAUGAUUUAUCAUACAGACAUUCAGAAAAUUGGACAGUACAGAAUCAAGAUGAGGAAGCUCAAACAAGAGCAGUUGAAUAAAAUUGUCAAUUAUUAUUAUUAUCAUUAUUAUUAUGUUUAAAUUUAUAUACAGUAUGUACAUACAUACAUC